AUGGUGAAAAGAAGUCGUUUAUCUGAUUCAGAGAUUGAGAAACUGCUUUUAGAAAGUGACGAUAAUUUCAGUGACAGUUCUGAAAGUUUUCAAGAUACAGAUGUUGAGGCUAGUGAAAGUGACUUCGAUUCAGAAACAUCUGACGACGAGACACUACUGCAGCAGACGGAACCUAGUGAAUUUCUGCAUGCCAGUUCAGUUCGUAUUCAAUAUUUGUUCAGUGGUAAUAGUGGUACAGUUGUGCCUCUAAAACAAAAUGAUGUGAUGAGUUGUUUUAUGUGUUUUGUGGAUGAUGCUUUGUGCACAAUGAAAGCUGAACAGACGAACUUAUAUACAGAACUGGUCAUAGCUUCUCAUCCCAAUUUAGCAGCACGCUCCAGGGUUCACAGUUGGCAGAAUACUACAUGCAAUGAGGUAAAAACACUUAUUGGAAUGCUUGGACUUCAAGGAAUUCUUCACAAACCAGACCACAAAAUGUACUUUUCAAAGAGGGAAUCAGUUGACACACCUUUCUUCAGGAAAGUGAUGAAUGAAAAGCGGUUUCAUCUUCUAUUGAAAUUCCUCGACUUUGCUGACAAUACCUCAUACGAUCCACUAGGUACUAUCAGCAGAAAGCUAUUCAAAAUUCACCCCAUUAUGGAGCAUCUGUGGCGUAAAUUCAGAUCAGUGUACAUGCCAGAAAGGAACAUCACCAUUGACGAAUCGUUGUUGCUCUGGAAAGGACGGCUUGGAUGGCAGCAGUAUAUUCCAUCAAAGCGUAGCAGAUUUGGCAUCAAAUUGUACAAACUCUGUGAAAGCAGUUCCAGCCACUAUCCAGAUGAAAAAAUAACCUCUCGAAUUGUUUUGGAGCUUGCACAUGAUCUACUCAGGAAAGGCCACUGUAUUUAUCUUGACAACUGGUACACCAGUACAGAUUUGGUGGACAAACUAACCAGCAAUAACACUGAUGUUGUAGGCACAAUGUGGCAAGACAGGAAGGGGUUCCCUGUCUUCAUAAAAAAGGAAAAACUGAAGAAAGGGGAGUACAUAACAGGGUACAAAGGCAAGCAGAUGGUAAUGAAAUGGAAAGACAAAAGAGACGUUGUUAUGGUCAGCACCUUCCAUGAUGAUACAUUUGUAAUUGUAAACUCGAAGAAGGGAAUCGUUCAAAAGCCACAAGUUGUCACUGACUACAACAAGAAUAUGGGGGGCAUGGAUAGGUGCAAUUCUCAGUUACAAAGCUACCAGAUGGCCAGAAGCAGGCUGAAAAAAUACUAUCAGAGGCUUUUCCGCCACUUGUUGGACAUUGCAUGCUACAAUGCAUAUAUUCUGUACAAGAAGCAUGGUGGCGAACAAAGGACAUCAGUAGGACGCCCACCUCGAACACCAAAAGCAACACGCCUUACAGCCAGGCAUUUUCCAGACCUUCUGCUAGCCACAACGAAGAAAAGACCAAGGUGGUGUGUGGUGUGUACAAGAAAAGGCCUUCACAAAGAGACUUCGUACUGGUGCACAGAAUGUGAAGUUUCCUUGUGUGCAGCACCUUGUUUUAAAAUGUUUCACACUGAAAACGAUAUUUUUGAACAUAACAAAGAAUUGUGCCAUAUUUCGGCAAAAUAUUUGGAAAUACUUGGAAAUUAUAGUGAUCUUAGCUCAACUCUGGAGAAAAAGAAUAGUGUAUUCAUAAUUAGAUUCUAUCAGUAG